GUGUCUGCAUCGCGUUUGUGCUUUGGUCACGUGCGAAUAAUCUCCUUAAUGUUAUUGUGUGACUUAAGUGUGCAUAGUUUUUGAAUUUUAACGGUUUAUGGCGCCAUAUUGUCCGGGCAAUUGUGCGAAUAUUUGAAGAAAAAAUAAAUUUCGGAAUUUAUAUUUUCCAUUUGUGAGUUGAAAUAUUGGUAUAAAUAUUUCUUAUGCCUCAUUGAUAGCAUAAAGUAGAAAUAAAGGAAUAAAAGCAAAAUCGCUUGAGGCGAACAUUUUUUCGAAGGUCACAGUCUGCGUUAAAAUUUCAAAGGAAAUACUUGUCAGCCAUUGACGAUAGUUAGCCAGAAGUAAACGAUUUGUAAUUAUUGUAUUACAGUUUGAAAAAUUGUGCAAGAAAUGGAAAACAGCUUGAAAAUUUUCUUAGCCGGAAUUAGCCUGAUUUUGCUGAUGCAUUGCAGUCAAGCCAACCAGCCAAGACAAUUGGAAUGCUGGCACUGCAGCUCCGAGACCAUUGGUGCCGAGGACUUCUGCGACGUAACCUUUGAUGAGGAUAACAUUCCUAGGCCAGAAGUGAUGAAGGAACAUAACAUCAGCGUUUUGCGUAAUUGCAGCAGCACCACACAUUCGGAGCACGAGCGACCUGUUUGUCGCAAAACUGUGGAAGAGAUCAACGGCAAAACGAUCACAAAACGCUUCUGCUAUUACACCAACAAAUCGGAUUCGCUGGAGCAUUGUAUGGAGGAGCUAACCGAAAAUAAUGUUAAGCGAAUAUUUUGUCAGGAUUGUCUAACCGAUCAAUGCAAUGGUGGCGGCCAACAAUUUGUCUCAUGGCUCAGCCAAUUGCUGCCACUAGUGUUGGCUAAAGCGGUGUGCUUUUAAGUUAUAAUAGAAUUAGACAAAUUCGAGCUAUCGGCAGUUUUAGUUAGGAAAUUAAAAAAUUAAUUUUACGUAAUGAUUUAAAAAAAAAAAUUAAAUUUAUAUUCUUUUUGAUGCUAUUGAUUUGAAAAAUAAUGUAAGAAUAUUAAUAAGUAAAAGUUAUGUACUGAUUUAGUAUAAU